AUGACGGCAGCAGCGGGCUCGAUGCGACGGCCGACGGGCGUCGACGAGGGGCUUGGUGCCUGGGACCAAGUGUAUAUAUCUGACAAGAAGAGGCCGUUCCGACCGACUGAGGCAGGUGCAUCGCCAUCACGCCUGCAGCCCGACGCUUCCCGCUCUCCCGCAGCCAAUAGUCCGCUUAAAGUCUGGCAGCUGCGACCCCACACCUUGUCCUGGACGUGCCUUCCCAGUGCUUCCUCGCAUGCAGCGCCUCGUCGCCCGCACAGGAGCCUGAAAGAAGGCGGCCCCGCCAGCGAGCUAUCGGCCGGACAGCGGGCGUCCAUGGCCAGCACCACUACUCCACACGACACCACGCCGCUGCCGCCGCCGCAUGACUGUCCAGUCCAUGGAGACUGGCUUCAAUCACCCAACGCGCUGGCGGCUGCUGUAAAUCUAGCAUCACUGUCUGAUACCAGGCCGUCCACGGGCCAGGCGGAGCAGGGGCACGGUGAGGACGACGAUGACGACAGCGGGGGGAUCUCACUCGCAGACUAUCAGCAGUUCAUGGAAACCAUGCCCAACCCGGAUCCCCUAGGCGAGGACAGUGAAGAGGAAGAGCACGAGGACGGACCUGUAGAUGUUCAGAUACACGACUUCCUUUCGCAAGCCCAUCCCGCCUAUGCCCCCUAUAAUGCCUUGGAGAUACUCGACCUCUCCAGCAUUGCCCAUCACACCUCCACCGCAUACUUCCCUCCGUCCCCCGUCUUCAUGACCCAUCUGUCCAACGCAGAUCCUGCACUUGAACCCCCGCCAAGUCUUCACGAGCCGCAGCUCAGCAUCGUCGACAAGACGGCAUUUUGCCCCAUCACCAGUUACUUCCACCACUUCUUUGACACAACCAAGCCCCUCGUCCCUGGCCUCGACCUCUGCCAGGUACCCAAGUUUGUCGACCGCGAUGAUCUCAAGGGUGACUGCUAUGACUACCAGGGAAUCGACUGGGAGGCACGAAAGACCAGUCGCUCGGCUGUUAGGGAGGCGCGCGAGGAGUUUGAAAGUGACAGGCUGCCACAGUGCCUCAAGCAACACAUACCUCCUACGGCCAACACAGACGACUUCUUCCAGUUCAAGAGGAUCAGUACCACACCCCGUGCCUUUAUCCCUCACUUCCAGCUGCGAAACAUCAUCACAGCGACAUCCCGCAAUGACAUCUUCUUUGCACAAGGCCAUAGAGUAUGGCGCACAGACGCAGAGGGAACAGAAGCCGAUGCCAUUGUCGAUCUUAGCAAGCACAUCAACCCCGAUGCCUCAAUUACCACCGUUGCCUCACACGACAACGUCCUCAUUGCCGGCGCCUUUGAGGGUGAGUAUGCAAUCACUAACCUCGCUUCCACCUAUGGCUCCCCAUUUACAUUUGGCCGAACCUCCGACUUUGCAACGGACACCAAGUCGCAAAUAGUCAACCAUUUGCACCUCUUUGCUUCACGGCGAACAUAUACGCCACAAGCCGUUCUUUGUUCGAAUGAUCAUCGUCUCCGCGUCCUAGACUGCGAAACAAACACAUUCACCCAUUCAUUCCUAUACCCCGCCGCCGUGAACUGCUCGGCAACCUCUCCUAAUGGUCGGAUGCGUGUCGUAGUCGGUGACUUCCAAGAGACGCUCAUCACCAAUGCGGAGACGGGCCAGCCUUUUGAAACACUGAAUUCACAUACCGAUGAUGCAUUCGCCUGCGCGUGGGCAGAUGACGGCAUACAUGUCGCCACUGCAGCACAAGACUCGACAAUCGUCGUAUGGGAUGCAAGAUACUGGGAUAAGCCACUCACCGUCAUGAAGAGCGAACUCAGCGUUCCACGGUCGCUGCACUUUUCACCCAUUGGCUCAGGCCCGCGCGUCUUGGUUGCCGCCGAGGCAGACGACUACAUCAACGUGAUUAAUGCACAGACAUGGGAGUCGAAGCAGGUAUUUGACUUUUUCGGCCCCGUUGGCGGUGUCACCUUCACGCCCGAUGGUCAGAGCCUGUUCAUCUCCAAUGGCGAAAGAAGAUUCGGUGGCAUCAUCGAACUCGAAAGAACAGGCUGGGCAGAGAAGACUGGCAGGAGGAAGAGCUGGGAUCAUGCAGUAUGGGACGAUGUCGUAACAGACUGGGUCCAUGACGAUGCGCUUCAUGACCAUGGGGGUGUCUUGCCCGGCAAGAUGGAGAGACAACGGAGACACGUUGAUUUGAGCGAUGUUGUCGUAUGA